AGCCGACUAGUGUGUGCUGAACCAGUGUUAGCAUCAAGCUUCUGUGUGACUUCUCCAACGUGUUUCAAAUAGAGGCACAAUAUGAUAGAUAGCAGCGGAACGAAGAUGAUGGUGGUGGUGGCGGUGCUGGCGGUGGUAAAGAGCACAGUGCACUCAGCCACAUGCGACAAUAUCAAGGUCCUGGCUAAGUGUGACAAAGACGAAGGGCCGAAGGAACCGGUGGACGGUCAGGUGGUGUACCUUGGACAUGAGAAUGGUGAUGGCUACUGGGUUUACCCAAGAUUUAGCGGUUAUGUGUGGAACUGGGAAUACCCGACCAAGGACAUCACUGAUCCUGAAGCCGAGUGGGCCAAGUGGAUCUGGCAUGACUGCGGCACCGACCUUGUGUGUCUGGAGUCUGUUAAAUACCCGAAUAACUAUCUCUACACCCACAAUUUCGUGGGUUACUCUUAUUCAUCAUCUCCGAAAACCGAAGACUGGACAAAACUGAAGAUCAGCCAAAAGUCUUAUACCUCAAGGGGAAUCCACAUGUUCCUGAGCGACCAAAGGUGGAUUGACGACGGUUACGACCAAGGCAUAUAUGUAUAUGUUUACAUCCCUCCGAGAUGUUUUGGCUAUAAGAUAGCCGACGAACUCUAUAACUAUCAUAAUGAUAAAGCAGAGUUGAAAUACGAGUACUCACGUGGACUGACUCGAUCUGAUAAGAAAACCAUAACUGUCACUUUAGAAAGUAAAAUAUCAGUAGGAACUGAGGUCACCAAUGGCAUUAUCUCGGCUGCUCUGUCUAUUGAAAAUUCCCUCACCACCAGUUGGGCGCAUGAAACACUAGCCUCAGAGACGACUUUACAGAAGACUACUACAACUGUUAAUGUUCAGCCGAACACAAAACUGGUGGUGUGGCAGAAGGUGGCGACCUAUGGGCCUUAUGAAUGGUAUUCGUCGAGCGCAAGGUUCUUAUGCUCGGAACCCGUUUGAAGUGAAUGACAAUAGUAAUGGCCUGACCGGAACGAGGUAAUUACAGACACUACUGUAGAUCAAAGAGUUCGGGUAUACAAAACUUCAUCCAGUGGUUCCCAAACAUUAUAGAUGUAAGCAAUGUGGUUUCUGGAAAAGUACUCCAUUAGUUUAAAAAAUAAAUAACUUGAAUAAUUGCACAAAAAAGAACAAAAUAUAAUGAAAUUUAAGACGAGAACUUAACCAGUCAUGCGUACAAAAAAAUACUUUCACUGAAGAAUACAGUAAUUAGUAAUUUUCCACCAAACACAAAAAUGAAAGCUAACACAACACACCCACAAUGGAAUGUAAUAAUGCUUCCAAAGAUAAGACUCAUCCACACGUCCUUUCACAGUAGCGUUCUACGCUAUGGCCGGGCACAAACCAUUCUAAAAUGAAGAGUCCAGGCUUCCGUAAAACAGAGUUGAUUAAUUAUCAAUUGAUUUGAUAGACUGGGCAAACACAGCUGCACCAGACGCAAACACCAUAAGUAGUCACUGACAAAUUAAAGACAAAAAUAAGAAAUAGAUAAUAACAGGUAUACAGAAAAAAAAAAUAUCUCACAGGGGUCUGCUAACUUCCGUGGUUUGUGGUUCAGGGGGAGAGGCGAACGGACUUUAGUAAUUGUACAAAUGUCCUUUAAACUUGCUCAUACUGCAAUGAACGGGGAGGAUUUGCAUUCUUUUGCAACUUAGGUUUGUUUUUAACUUGCUAAUUAAUCUUGAGCUUUGUUCUUUUUUUUUAGACUAAAACGUUGAAGACAUUACAACACGGCCAGUCUGUGCCAUGCGAGAUUUAUUGCAACGUCUAUUAAGGUUUCCAGACCAACCACAGCAAGUUAGACUACAAAAACAGUACUCUCCAGGUCACGAUUAAUUUUCUUAAUUGUCACACUGGUAAUGACCGAGGACAUGAAGUUCCGAGUGUGACGUGGCCCAAUUGUGGCGUGGCCCAAGUGUGAUGUGGCCCGAUAGUGACGUGAUCCGAGAGUGACGUGGCUUGAGUGAAACAUGGUCCAAGCGUGAUGUUGCUCGAUUAUCAUGACCUACAGUAAGUGCCAUGUGGCCUAAGUGUGACGUGGUACGAAUGAGACGUAUCUGGAAUGUGACGCGGUCCGAUUGUGACGUGGCCCGAGUGUGACGUGGCCCAAAUGUGACGUGGUCCAAAUAUGGCAUGAUUUGAGUGUAGCAUGUAACAUAGCUCGAGUAUGACAUGGCCAAAAUGUGACUUGGCCCAAGUGUAGCGUGGCCCGAGUGUGAAGUGGCCCAAGUGUGAGAUGGCCAGAAUGUGAUGUGGCCCGGUGUGUGAUGUGGCCAGUGUGACAUGGCCGAAGUAUGGCGAGGCCCGAGUGUGACGUGACCCGAGUGUGACGUGACCCGAGUGUGACGUGGCCUGAGUGUGACGUUCGAGUGUGACAUGGCCCUUCAUCCCUUUUUGCUAUAGCAAUAUAAUCAUUUCAGUCAAUUUCGUUGGCCCAGGCACAGUGGGUGGUGUUAAUGAUACCCAGGACUUCAAAUAGCGUGGGGAACAGACUGUCAAGACGUACUGUACAUCUCUCUGACGGUCUAAAAUUAACAAAUAACACAACGAUCAUUACCUGCUAACAGCAAACAGACUGGAACGAUCCUGUAAAUAUCUUCCGUGGUGGAGGGAUGAUAUAUAAAAAAUAUCGUUUAACUGUAAUUAGCGUCCCGAACUUUGUUGUCAUGGGUUGCAUUAGGCUUACCCCUAAUACCCCAGCAACCAACUCCAAAGUUUGUUUUACUAGAGAUAAGGCACCCGGCGAGUCAUGACUGCGACAUAUAUUUUCCAUUAGUGGUAUGUUAGCCAGUCUAUAGGGGGAGGCCAGUGAGACAGUGUUGUACUGCUCAUCGCCUCACGCCCCAAAACCUCAUUCUAAGUAGUAUCCCCUAGGCCAUGGGUUAGUUAAGAUGUCGUCCCCAUCCUCUCCCUCCUGAAGGGUAUGGGAUACCACACAGAGUCCUCCACCGCCACCCUGUCCUGUGGACCGUCGUCAACACGAGAUUAAGAGUGUUAACCUAGGUUCGUUAUCCCCGUGAAAAUAUCAGGUGUGGAUGCCUGGUUGCAACAAGAGCAAUCCAGGCUGGCCUAUCAAACGUACAGUAAAUGGUUAAUCAAUUCACGCUUACAGAGUUCUCCUG